AUGUCAAAACCAACUAAAGUAGAAUCAAUCUCUUCAAAGGAAGGUAGUAUUACUAGUCCUUUGAGAUAUACAUCAAUUCAAGAUAUCCCUAAAGGUGUUGAUAAAUUAGUAGCAUCAUAUCAUGAAACCCAUAAAAUGGAUUCUAUUCAAUAUAGAUUGAAUCAAAUUCGUAAUGUUUAUUUUGCUAUUAAAGAUAAUGCUGAUUUGAUUUGUGAAGCUUUAGAGAAAGAUUUCUAUAGAUCACCUUCUGAAACUAAAAGUUUGGAAUUGGGUCCUUUAUUGAAUGAAAUUAUUCAUACUAUGGGAUCAAUCUAUAAAUGGUCAAAACCUGAACCUGUUAGUGAUAAAACAAUUAAUGUAGCAACUCAACCAGUUUAUAUUGAAAGAAUUCCAUUGGGUGUAGUUUUGGUAAUUUCACCAUUCAAUUAUCCAUUAUUAUUAUCAGUUUCAGCUGUUGUUGGUGCAUUAUCAGGAGGUAAUCAUGUUGUUUUAAAACAAUCCGAAUCAACUCCUCAUUUCACUCAAUUAUUGAGUGAUUUAUUAACUGAUGCUUUAGAUAACGAUGUUUUCUUUGCUGUUAAUGGUGCUAUUCCUGAAACCACUGAAUUAUUAAAUCAAAAAUUUGAUAAAAUCAUGUAUACUGGUAAUGGUAUGGUAGGAACUAUUAUUGCUAAGAAAGCUGCCGAAACUUUAACCCCAGUUAUUUUAGAAUUAGGAGGAAAAUCUCCAGGAUUUGUGUUUGACAUUAAUAAGAAAGAUCUUCCUACUUUAGCUAAGAGAAUUUUAUGGGGGAAAUUUACUAAUGCUGGUCAAACUUGUGUUGCUAUUGAUUAUUUGUUAGUUGAAGAAUCUAUUAAAGGUCCUUUAGUAGAUGAAUUAAUCAAACAAGCUGAAGUGUUCUUCGAAAGCCCUGAUCAUUCUUCAGAUAUAACUCAUAUCAUCCAUGACAGAGCUUAUACUAAUUUGGUGAAAACAAUCAAAUCUACCAAGGGUAAGAUUGUUUCUGGAGGUAAAACUGAUGAUGCUACUAGAUUCAUUGAACCAACUAUCAUUGAUAAUGUUAAGUUUGGUGAUUCAACUAUGAGACAAGAGUUAUUCGGUCCUGUUUUACCAAUCCUUACAUAUUCUGAUUUAGAAUCUACAGUUAAAUCUGUAGUUAAACAACAUGAUACUCCAUUAGCUUUAUACUGUUUCACUAGUGGAAAAGCCAGUAGAUCAACCAAUCCAAAGAUCGAGUAUAUUACUAAACAUAUCAGAUCUGGAGGUGUGGUAAUCAAUGAUACUUUGAUUCAUGUUGCCUUACCUAAUGCACCUUUUGGAGGUGUUGGUAUGUCAGGUUAUGGAUCAUACCAUGGAUAUUUCUCCUACAGAUCUUUUACUCAUGAAAGAACUUUUGUUGAGCAAGCUUUCUGGAAUGAUGCUAUCUUGAAAUCAAGAUAUCCUCCAUAUAAUGAAACCAAAAACACUGUUAUCGCCUCAGCCAUGGUUCCACAUCGUGAAUGGUUUGGAAGAUCCGGUGAUGUUCAACAACCAUCAAUCUUCUUCAAUAUUUGGAAUAGUGUUGCCACUUUAACUAGUAUUGGAUAUACUGCUGUUGUUAAUCGUAUUUAA